CAGUUGGCAUUAUGAAGCUGUUACUGGUGGCUCUGUUGGUAGCGUCCGCUUAUGCGGAGUUCUCAGAAGAGACUUCGAGUAGUCUAACUGCGUUCGGGUAUUUGACCAGGUUUGGUGUGCCUCGCUUGGAAGCGAUCAAGGCGGCUGAAGACGCCUACAACAAUAGCCCUGAGCAGUCUAGGAUCGUAGGCGGUGCUGCCUCGUCACCCGGGCAGUUUCCUCACCAAGCUGGUCUCCUAAUCGACCUCAUCGGCUUUACCGGCCAAGCGGUCUGCGGUGCCGUGCUCGUGAACAACCAGCGGCUGCUGACAGCCGCCCACUGCUGGUUCGACGGCCAGAACCAGGCCUGGCGUUUCACCGUGGUGCUGGGCACCGUGCAGCUCUUCACUGGUGGAACCAGGGUGCAGACAAGUGUUGUAGUGCUCCAUCCUCAAUGGAUCCCGGCGCUCAUUCGGAACGAUAUAGCUGUUAUUUACUUGCCGAAUGCGGUUCCUACUUCGCCAACUAUUAUCCCUGUCGCCCUGCCAUCUGGAGCUCAGCUGAACGAAAACUUCGCUGGCGAAAUCGCUAUUGCUUCUGGUUUUGGUCUCACCUCUGAUGGUGGUUCUCUCACAACCAAUCAGUAUCUCAGCCACGUUACUCUCAACGUGAUCACCAACAGCGCCUGUUCCAUCGGUUUUCCCUUCGUGAUCCAAGAGUCCAACAUCUGCACCCGAGGGUUCGGCGGCGUGGGCACUUGCAGCGGUGACUCUGGUGGACCACUGAUUGUGUACAGGGACGGAAGACCUGUUGUGAUUGGAAUCACCUCUUUCGGUAUCGCAUUCGGUUGCCAGCUGAUUUUCCCUUCAGCAUUCGCCAGGGUGACGUCAUUUACCGACUUUAUCAACACACACCUAUAAACAAUGUCGAAAGCUACUUCAGCUACUUGUAUACCUAUUUUUUUUAAAUAAAAUACACCUACUUAUUAAGUUCAA